AUAAAUAGUGCGAACAAGAUUUUAGAACAAAAACUCUCAUAAUCUUUGUCUUGACAUUUUUUUUUUUUUGGUAAUAAAAUAAGACGAAUAUUUUUUCAUCUUUAAGACAAUCGAACCCUAUUUGAAUGCCCCAAAGCCAAAUCAUCCAUAGAAAAACGCUUAACAGUUACCCGCCACACCAAGAAUCACUUUCAAUCAUUUCCUGAAGUUAUCAUCGAAAAUCUGAAGAUGAGCGCCGUCACCAAGCUACCGAUUCCCGGCAAACGGAACAUUCUUAUCACCAGCGCCUUGCCUUACGUCAACAAUGUUCCCCAUCUCGGCAACAUCAUUGGAUGUGUGCUGAGUGCUGAUGUAUAUGCGAGGUUCUGCCGGAAGAGAGGACAUGUUGUACUAUAUAUUUGUGGUACAGAUGAGUAUGGGACAGCAACUGAGACUAAGGCAUUGGAAGAAGGGUGUUCCCCAAAGGAAAUUUGUGACAAAUAUCAUAGUAUUCACAAAAAGGUGUAUGAGUGGUUUGAUAUAAGCUUUGAUGAGUUUGGGCGUACGUCAACGCCGCAGCAGACUCAAAUUUGUCAAGCAAUCUUUAAUAGACUACUGGAUAAUAAUUGGCUUUCAGAGAACACAAUGCAACAGCUAUUCUGUGAUACAUGCGUAAGAUUCUUGGCUGAUAGGCUUGUGGAAGGUAAUUGUCCAUUUUGCAAUUAUGACUCUGCCCGUGGCGAUCAGUGUGAAAAGUGCCAGAAGCUUUUAAAUCCGACGGAAUUACUGGAGCCUAAAUGCAAGGUUUGUCGCCACACUCCACGCAUUCGGGAUACGAACCACUUGUUUCUUGAACUUCCUCUGCUGAAGGACCGAUUAGAAGAAUAUAUCCGCCGCAUGUCAGUAGCUGGAGGAUGGAGUCAAAAUGCUGUCCAAGCAACACAUGCUUGGCUCCGAGAAGGGCUGAAACAGCGUUGCAUCACACGGGAUUUGAAAUGGGGUGUCCCUGUUCCACAUAAGGGAUUUGAGGACAAGGUAUUCUAUGUAUGGUUUGAUGCACCUAUUGGGUAUAUCUCAAUUACUGCAUGCCACACACCAGAUUGGGAAAAGUGGUGGAAGAAUCCCGACGAUGUAGAACUUUACCAGUUUAUGGGCAAAGAUAAUGUGCCUUUCCAUACUGUUAUAUUUCCCUCCACUCUUCUUGGAACAGAUGAAAGAUGGACUUUGAUGAAAACCAUCAGCGUCACAGAAUACUUGAACUAUGAAUCUGGAAAAUUCUCCAAGAGCAAGGGUGUAGGAGUGUUCGGGAAUGACGUAAAAGACACAAAUAUUCCUGUUGAAGUAUGGAGAUAUUAUUUGCUGACCAAUAGGCCUGAGGCAUCAGACACUUUGUUCACAUGGGCUGAUUUGCAAGCAAAGCUGAACAGUGAGCUGCUGAACAAUCUAGGGAACUUCAUUAACCGUGUAUUGAGUUUCAUCGCCAAAGACCCAGGUUCAGGAUAUGGUUCUAUCAUUCCUGAUGCUCAGAGUGCAGAUUCCCAUCCAUUGACAAAAGCUUUGGGUGACAAAGUCGGUAAUUUUGUGGAACAAUAUAUAGAAGCAAUGGAGAAGGAGGACCAAGCAACUUGUUCUGUAGUGAUGAAGACUGCAGCUGGAUUAGUGUUCCUCCUUGCAUGCCUCUUAGAACCUUUUAUGCCAUCUUUCUCCGCCGAGGUACUAAAGCAGCUGAAUCUGCCACUCGAUCAAAUUUCACUUUCUGAACAAGAUGGCGUUGUUGAAAAGUCUAAAAGACCUUGGGAGUUUCUGCUGGCUGGUCACAAAAUUGGAACUCCAGCCCCACUGUUUAAAGAACUGAAAGACGAGGAAGUUGAAUUCUAUAGGGAAAAGUUUGCUGGUAGUCAAGCUGAUAGGAUUGUGAAGGCUGAAGCUGAGGCAAAAAAAGUCACUGAAAAACUUAAGGAAGCAAAGAUUUCAGAUGGCAAAAUUGGUAAGGACCGACCAAAAAAAUCUUCCGUGGCACAGGCUAAGGUUUCGCCUCCUGCUGAUGCCGAAGUUUCCAUUAGCAGAUUAGAUAUUCGAGUUGCUGUCAUUACAAAGGCUCGAAAACAUCCAGAUGCUGACUCUCUAUAUGUUGAAGAAAUUGAUGUUGGCGAAAAAGAACCUCGCACGGUUGUUAGUGGCUUAGUCAAUUAUAUACCCCUUGAAGAUAUGCAGAAUCGGAGGGUUUGUGUUCUUUGUAACCUAAAGCCAGCAACCAUGAGAGGCAUAAAAUCUCAAGCAAUGGUCCUUGCAGCUUCUGAUAAGAAUCACACGAAGGUAGAGUUGGUAGAACCUCCCCAGGGAGCGACUGUGGGUGAAAGAGUGACAUUUCCCGGUUUUGAAGGGCCGCCUGAUGAGGUUCUAAAUCCUAAGAAGAAGGUUUGGGAAACACUUCAGGUAGAUUUGCAUACUGAUAACAAUUUGGUUGCCUGCUACAAAAAUCUCCCAUUCACAACAUCAGCUGGUGUCUGUACUGUUCCCUCCAUUAGUGAAGCCUCAAUCCGCUAGUACAUUUUAUUUUAAAUCACCUUUUUUCUUUUUCCCUCGUUUUUUAUGAUUGUAUUCAACUCUGGAAUUGGUAAAAAUGAAGAAAUAUAUACUUUAGAGCAUGUUUCUAUACAAUUUUUUUCCCUC